GUGUAGCUGUCUGCUGUGGCGAGUGUAUUUGAUCAAAUUCGACUUGCAAUUUUAUUUGUGACAAAGACAAAGUGUAACUAUGGCUACUCGCGACAGUGGUGGUGAAAAAAGUCGUGGAUUGGAGAUGAAAGAUCGUCAUCCUAGGUUUCAAGUCAACCGGGUAUCGACUGUAGACGAUGCCGACGAAGAAGAGCUCGCCGAAUUGUACGAUGAGGAGGACGAUUCUCCUGGCUCAUAUGUUAAAAGUUUCCGGCAUUUCACAAGGGAAGCGCUCCCCCGUAUGGAUAAUUACAGGAAUAUUAUGUCCAUACAAGCUGCUUACAGACCCACGCUGGAUGAGCUCCAUCAAGGGAUGACUCUCCACGGAAAGGCUCCCUACGGUUACAGUUAUAACGCUACAGUGGUGCGUAUGAAUGGCGUGUCCACGCUGGCUACAGAGGCGGAGGGAGCAGUCAAGUUCGGAUGGAUCAAGGGUGUGUUGGUGCGCAACCUGCUCAACAUCUGGGGUGUCAUGCUGUUCCUCAGACUGUCCUGGGUAGUGGCACAGGCCGGCAUAGUACAGGGAGUGCUGCUGAUCUUUGCUACAUCUGUGGUGACAUUUAUUACGGCUCUGAGCAUGUCGGCCAUCAGCACUAACGGACUCGUAAAGGGAGGAGGUACAUACUUCAUGAUAUCGCGGUCGCUGGGUCCAGAGUUCGGUGGCAGUAUAGGUCUGAUACUGUCGCUAGCCAAUGCCAUCUCUGCCGCUAUGAACUGUGUUGGGUUCACGGAGUCGUUGCUGGACCUGUUCAGCAGAUACGACAUCAAGAUCAUCGACGGCGGACUGGCAGACACCAGGAUCAUCGGGUGCAUCACAAUCACUGUGCUGCUGGGCGUCGUCUGCGUCGGUAUGGAGUGGGAGGCAAAGACACAAAUGGGCCUGCUCGUCAUCUUGUUGGUGGCAAUUUGUGAUUUCUUGAUUGGUGCCGUUAUCGGACCAACGAGUGAUAGAGUUCAAGCUCAAGGCUUUGUCGGAUGGAACGCGACUGUGGCAGCAGACAACAUGCUGCCAGACUACAGAAUGACACAAGGCACAGAGCACAACUUCUACACAGUGUUUGCUGUUUUUUUCCCUGCAGCGGCUGGCUUCCUGGCCGGGGCCAACAUAUCAGGAGAUCUGAGAGACCCUCAGACAGCUAUACCCAAGGGCACAUUGUUGUCCAUUCUCAUCACCACUGUGUCCUACAUGGGGAUGGCUGUGAUAGUGGGGUGUAUUGUGCUGAGGGACGCCAGUGGUAACGUGGAGGAGUUCUUCAACGGAACCUUCACAGACUGUCUCGACCGCAAGUGUGACUACGGACUGCACAAUGGCUUCUCUAUCAUGGAGCUGGUUUCAGUGUUUGGUCCACUGAUCUACGCAGGAUGUUUCGCCGCCACUCUGUCCUCUGCUCUAGCCUCACUGGUGUCUGCACCCAAGGUGUUCCAAGCUUUGUGUAACGACAAACUAUAUCCCUACAUAGAGUUCUUUGGCAAAGGCUACGGUCGCAACAACGAGCCUGUGCGAGGUUACGUGCUCACAUUCUUCAUCGCCAUCAUCUUCAUCCUGAUUGGACAGUUGAAUGCCAUUGCGCCUUUGAUAUCAAACUUCUUCCUGGCGGCUUACGCUCUCAUCAACUUCAGUACAUUCCACGCUUCACUGGUCAAGCCCGUCGGCUGGAGGCCCACUUUCAAGUACUACAACAUGUGGCUCAGUCUAGCAGGUGCCAUGUUGUGUGUAGCAGUCAUGUUCCUCAUAUCAUGGUGGACUGCUCUGCUGACUAUGGCAUUUGAAUUGUUCCUCUACCUGAUUGUUGCUUACAGAAAAACUGAUGUAAACUGGGGUUCGUCCACUCAGGCCCAGAUCUACCGCAAUGCUCUCGGCGCAGUACAGCAACUCAACAAAGUUCAGGAGCACGUGAAGAAUUACCAGCCACAGAUAUUGGUACUGUCUGCUCUGCCCAGCUGUAGACCUCCAUUAGUAGACUUUGCCAGUCUCAUGACCAAGAACUCUCUACUCAUCUGUGGACACAUCCUCAGUACACCGGUGCCACACAGGGUGAGGUAUGUCUUGAACCAGAAGGCGCGCAACUGGCUGGAUGUACACAAGAUCAAGGGUUUCUACAACAACAUAGAUGACUCCAACUUUGAGGAUGGUGCUAGUUCCCUCAUGCAGACCUCUGGCCUGGGCAAGAUGAGGCCAAACAUCCUGCUGAUGGGUUACAAGAUGGACUGGCGUACUUGUGAUAGAGCCGACCUGGCCAUGUACUUCAACAUCAUGCACAAAGCGCUAGACCUGCAUCUGUCAGUAAGCAUCUUGCGGCUCAAAGAGGGCUUGGACUACUCCAAGAUAAUCACAGACGAGGUAGCCAUCGUGACAACGGAGGCGGAGACUACUGCAGCCACCAGCUUCCUACAGCAACUCAGCUCUCAAGACACCCUGCCUAGAAAUGAGAGCUUCAUUUCCACAAUGUCACAAGUCCCUAGAAAUACGCUUGGUGAUUCAAGCUCUGACUUGGUUUCAGCCUUGCUUGGCAGGAACUAUGCUGUGAGUGAGGCCAGUGAUGUGACCCCGCCAGGUACACCCGCAGUGACCCGCAACCCCCUGGGGGCCCUGACUAGCGCGAGGGGGGACACCGACAACAACAAAACUGAGUCUAAGAAGGAGAAGAGGAGGGACUCACGCACACACAUGUACCUAGGCCUGGAUGGACAGCCACUGAGCAAGAACAUUGUCAACAAUCUGUCACAGUUCCAGAAGAACCAGAAGAAGGGAGUGAUUGACGUCUGGUGGCUCUAUGAUGAUGGAGGACUCACAUUACUACUGCCCUACAUCAUCUCUACCAGGCACAACUGGUCUGACUGUAAACUGAGGGUGUUUACAUUGGCCAACAAGAAGGACGAACUGCAGUACGAACAAAGAAACAUGGCCAGCCUGCUAGCCAAGUUCCGGAUAGACUAUUCGGAUCUCAAGGUUAUCCCGGAUAUCACAAAGAAACCCCAGGAUGAGACUGUGGCUCAGUUUGAAUCUCUCAUCAAGGAACUAAAAAUCUCUGAUGAUGAUGAAGAUGGAGUGCACAUAACAGACGCUGAACUGCUGGCUAUGAGAGACAAGACAAACAGACAUCUGCGGCUGAGGGAACUGCUGUUGGAGCAUUCUACUGGCUCUAACCUCAUUGUCAUGACGUUGCCAAUGCCAAGGAAGAACGUGGUGACAGCAAUGUUGUACAUGUCCUGGCUGGAGGUGAUCAGUCGAGACAUGCCUCCGUUCCUGUUUGUGAGAGGUAAUCAACAGUCAGUGCUGACGUUCUACUCGUAAACAUCUCCGAGAGCUCUCUCACGUCACUCACUCAGUCUGCAGCGACUGCAUCAGCUCUUCGGGUGUUGUCAGGUCCACAGUAACAAUGCUGGCCUGAUCAAGUCAGGGUGUUUGAAUCAUCGGUCUGGGUUGGUACUUGUUGGUUGUAUGGAGUAUCUUUUUUACAGCAACCUACAAUAAUUAGGUUAGGUUUGGUUUACCACUGUAAUUUUACUUUGACUAUUGUGAGAAGUAGACAUCUCAUUCCCAAGUUAAACUUGUUGUCAAUUUUAUAAUGUGAAUCAACGUUGUUGAAUUGAGCAACUGACUGAAUGUGCUGCUGCGAAUUACUGAUUUAUGUCUCAUAUUCAGACUUUUUAAUGCUAUUACUCCUGAAAACAUGUUUUUGGUAUGUGAUAAAUUGUUGUAGUUUCUUUUAUUUUUGUAAAUAUGUCUUCUCAGGAGUACUAAGAAACCCUUCAAAACAGUACUUCAUACAACCAAUAAGUACCUCUGAGUAUCUGUUAAAUUUUCUUGUAACACUUACUGUUUCAAAUGUAAAUCCCUCUAAGAGAACCUGACUCACCCUAACUAAGCGCCCACCUUUAACUGUAGCACCUAGCUUCCCUCAGUGGUUGUAGUUCUUCUCAAUCAAAACCACGUAAUGUAUGGUAUUACGAUCCAAACCUUGUAACUUGUAACCUUUUAAAGCUUUCAAUUAUUUCAGGGUAACGUAACAAUUGGUAUUUAAAGUACCAACAUUGUUUAUGGAUAAGCAGAAUUUUUGAAAUAGGUAUUUAUUGUGCUCCAAGAGCUACCUUUGUGUUCCUGUUGCUUUCAAAGAAGGAUAUUUUAAUUUAUUGUACAUUUGUUCAUAAACACUUGGUAAUUGUACUCAAUGGUCGCUAUAAAAUAAUGAUUGUUAUUAAUUGCAUGAUGAAAUCUGUUAUCACCUUUGUGAAUAAAUGUUAACAUAUUAUUAGGUGUCACUUUGAAAAAGAACAUUGUUGUUAACAUUAUUGAUGUAUGACAUGAUAAUUGUCUGAAAGAAAUCCUUUGAGAAAAUGAGCAUAAAAUAACCGUGGAAGAUAAAUAAUAUAUUUGUAAGAAUAUAACAAUUGCAUAAAAAAUAUAUGAAUUUCCGAAAUUUAAGGUUAGCUAGCUGGUAAGAUAUCAGGUGAAUCGAGUGUUAUAGGAAUAGCUGUGCUCUUGUGUAAUGUUGUUAUUUCUUAGUACAAAUUAUUUGGUUGAGUUUUGAUUCCAGUAUUUUUAUUGAUAGAUGUACACAAGAUAGUACUACAGAUGCCAGUUGACACUCAGGGGAAGGGAUUAAGUUUUUUUACAUUAAUAAAAAAAAACUAACCUAGACAAUAAAACAAACUGUGACAGGUGCCUUCCCUGAAUCACAUAAAGUUUUAAUAUUAUUUAUUUUUUAUGAUUGGAAAAACUAUUUGAGAUCUAAAACUGUUAGUCUCUUUAAAUUAAUUGAAUUUAAAAUCCUAAUUGUCAAUUGGCUUGUAUUUCCUUAAGUUUUAGUAUCUGUUAAUAUUAUAUAGUUACACAUUGUAAAUAUUGUACUAGCAAACUUGUUAUAUUCACUUUCACUUUGGAUCAAUCUGGUUUAUGUGAACUGUUGGUGAAUAUCUUCCUGAUUCAGAUAACAAUUUAUUCAGUCACAAUUAUUUUGAAUUGUGAAUGAUUAGUAUUUAAUUUAUCUAUCCUAUAAUUAUUGAUAAGUUUGGUGGUUCUAGAAUCAUCUCUGAAGUCUAAUAAUAAUCAAAAUCAACUUUACAGUUUGUACUUAUGCUGUAAAGAUCAGCCUUUAUUUUUUAUACUUGUAAAUAACAGUGUUUAAACCCCCCCCCCUCUGUGGUGUUUUAUUCUUUAUAUCAUUGACAGUGAAAAUAAUUGUAUUUGUGUGUAAUAAAAAAACUCUUAUCAGUGUUGAAAAAAUCAAGAAUUGCAAUAAAAUUUAUCAAUGUUAUCUUAAUAAUGAAAGAAAUUAUGUUUUAUAUUUUUAAUUACCAAUGUUAAAGUUUCAAAGCUUAUUUCUCGCAGGUUUUUUUUAGAUUUAGGAUAGUUUAGAAUUCUUUAUUCACAAUAUACUUAUUUAUAAGCCAGUUACUGCCUAAGACACAUUGCCUUAGAGCUUUUCUAAAUAUUUCUAGAUUAGAAAUCACAUUCCAUUUUUAUAUGGAAAAUCACGCUCGCCGACAGAUUUUGUAAAAACAACUUGAAAACAAGUUAGUUAAACUAGCGAAAUCAUAGUUUUUAUUUUUGUAGUUUUGCCAGAUGAUGAAAUAUUUUUCAGUAAAUAAAUAGACAAUAAAUGAUUGACUACGCUUAUAAAAUUGUGAACCAUUGUCUACUCAUGGUCCAAUAACAGCCUUAUGCCUAAGCCAUUUCAAAAAUUCAAAUCCAAUUAAUUGAAAAAAUGUUAAACCAAUUUGAAAAUUUUAUUCUUGUAUUAGUUAGUGAAUAUUUAUAGAAUUUAGAACAUUUUUUUAAUGUAUUCCUUAGUUUUAAACUUAUCUUUGAAGUCUUUUAUUUAAAACACUGGGAAAAGUAGUUAAUACUUAAAACUAACUAAUACACACAAUAUAAAGCAGUUUUACAUUAAUUAAAUAUUAAAUUAUCUAAAAAAAAACAGCAUAUUAUUAUAAUAAUACUGUUGUAAUGAUAAUUGUUGACUACUGAGUGAUUUAGUUACUUUCCAUAAAUAUGUACUGUCUUGGGUUUUCCUAUUUUUGCUCAGUGGACAUUUUCAUUAGUAGUUCCUAUAUGCGCAAAUAGUUUUUGUAAUUUUAUGUCAACUAAAGUUAGACUUGUAAAAUUGUUAUAUCCAGGGUUUUCUUUGUUAUACCUUUUUUUUUUAAUAUACACUUUAAGUUUUUGGUUUAUAAGGUUGCCAAUUUAAAGUGUUGGUUAGUUCAUUUAUUUUUAUUUUAUUUGUCUGUGUUAACAAAACAUUGUAUUCUAAUAAAUCAUUUUUAAUUCAUGAUA